CGGCUAGCGAGCGAGCCCAGAAGGUCCCAGACCUCCAGGGACUACCCAACACUAAGAAUCACUACGACCACGGACGGGCCGAAAAUAGACAGUCCACGCAGCUGUUCGAACAUGUCCGGCCCAAUUUCAUCGCCCACAGCGAUUCACCCAGCCCUUAUUAGUCCGCUGGCUGAUCUCACCUUCCCGCCGCUGCCGCUGCCCGAGCAUGGACUUAAUAAGUCGUCUGCCUCUCCGUCCGACGCCAACCGUCCCCAGAGCUCCAGUGCCGUCUUCGCACACAUGACAACACCUCCGGAGCCUCCGACCUCUCCCCGAAAUGCCGUCAACGCUGAUUUCGCGUCCGUUGAGCCAUCACUAGGCCCCCAACCGACGACGACGCCCUCGAACUCGGACUUGCAUCAAGGGACUACCCCUUCUGCUCUCUACGAGCCGCCGCGUUCUCACCCGGCUUCUGCCCACCGCAAGAACGCCCUCUCGGUUGAGUCCGUCCCGCGCCAGACUAUUAUGAAGGCUCUGGCCUCAGUGGCACGCAACAACAAGCCCGAGGCCCUGUCGCUCAGCGGAAUGCUGUCUGCACACAAGACCGCCACCAUGCCUUCCGGUGGUGAUAUGCGCCCCUCCACUUCUUCGUCGCAGCAGCUGUGCGACGCUCUCAACGGCCUUGCCCAGGUCCAGAACGUCCGCGGCCAGAGCAUGACGCCCACCGCCGCCUUCCCCUCGCUCCAGUCGCCUUGUUUCUACCACAAUCGAUUCGACGACGCCGUCGACAUCGACAAGGUGCUCGAGGAAAUCAAGAACGACGACUGGGUUUCGCACUCGCGUCUCGUGCAGACAGCCACCAGCGUCCGAGAGGUCUCGAAGCAGCUCCAGCGCCGCCCCAUCAAGCGCGCUGUGAGAAAUGUCAUGAUCGUAACCAAAGCCCGCGACAACCAGCUGGUCGUUCUCACCCGUGAACUGGCCCAGUGGCUACUCCGGACCCCGCGCUACGGCUCUGACCUCGGCGUCAAUGUGUUUGUCGACGCCAAGCUCCGCAAUUCAAAACGCUUCAAUGCGCCCGGAAUCGUUGCCGAGAACCCCCGCUUCCAGGAGAUGCUCCAAUACUGGUCGCCUGACCUCUGCUGGACCCAGCCCGAGAAGUUCGACCUCGUGUUAACACUCGGCGGUGAUGGCACCGUCUUGUUCACAUCAUGGCUCUUUCAGCGGAUUGUACCCCCAGUCCUGUCGUUUAGCCUCGGCAGUCUCGGCUUCUUGACGAGCUUUGAGUUUGAGAGGUACAGGGACCACCUCAAUCGCGUCAUGGGUGACGAGGGGAUGCGCGUCAACCUGCGCAUGCGCUUCACCUGCACCGUGUACCGCGACGGCCCCAUGGGCCACGAGAUGGAGGAAGGCGAACAGUUCGAAGUCCUGAACGAGCUCGUCAUCGACCGUGGCCCGUCGCCGUAUGUUUCCAACUUGGAGUUGUAUGGCGAUAAUGAGCUUUUGACUGUAAUCCAGGCCGACGGCUGCAUCUUCUCAACCCCGACUGGAUCCACAGCAUAUUCUCUUUCGGCUGGUGGCUCGCUUGUCCACCCAGAUAUUCCGGCCAUUCUACUGACCCCGAUAUGUCCGCACACAUUAUCUUUCCGGCCCAUGGUGCUGUCGGACACUAUGCUGUUGCGUGUGUCGAUCCCGCGCAACAGCCGCGCCACUGCAUACUGCGCAUUUGACGGCAAGGGCCGCGUUGAACUAAAGCAGGGAGACCAUGUCACCAUCACGGCGUCGCAGUACCCCUUCCCCACAGUAGUGCGUACCGACACGGAGUGGUUCGACAGCGUCUCGCGCACCCUGCGCUGGAAUGUACGCGCCGCCACACAGAAGGCCUUCGAUACCGGCGAUAGCGCCGUUGGUAGCGAGGAUGGGAAAACCGAGGAAGAUGACGGCUGGGACAUCGACACAGACUCUGCCUGCUAUGUUAGCGAAGAGAGCAGUACCAGUGCGAGCCCGCUCCGAAGACAGAUGAGUUUACUGGGAUUUUAAAAAAGAAAUAUAAACAAGACGGCAGUGCAAACGCCACAGCGAUGAGUAGAGCGCAUUCGAGUUCUUUUAUUUUUAUUUUUGGACAUUGGAAGGCAAGAGAGGGGCCGUUUUUGGGAAUCAU